AUGGCCGGUUUCAUUUGUCGCGAGAUUGCAGCAGAUGAUCAUGAUGCAAACAGUCUGGCCAGUGCAAUUCAGGGGCUGUUCUACAGCGCGACACCAACGUUCACCCUUCCUCUAUACAUCUUUCUGCUCUUCUCUUCAGUCACCAUUGAGCUGUUGCCGUGGCUGCACCCCACUAUUUCCUACAUCACCAUUUGGAUCUUCACUACCGCGAUCAUCUCCUGCACCGCUCAGGGUGCAUCAACAUACUUCAACCCAGACGCGAAGAAAGGAUCCAUCGGCCCAGCUCACGCUCUCCUCAAAGCAAGCCUGUUUUUGCAGCUCGCUCUGAACGGGGCGUUUGCCUGCAUCCUCCUCAAUCUGCUUUUUCGACGGAACACCACUGCUAAUCGUCGACGAGGCCUUCUGUUGUCCAUGUUUGUUCUGAUAGCGCUUAUUUGCGUGCGCAAUGUCUUUCGGACGAUCCAGCUCUUCGUCUCACCACGCUCCCCACUGUGGACUGAUGAAGCGUACUUCUGGGUCUUUGAGAGCUGCGCCAUGUUAUGCUAUACAGUAUUGUUUCAUACCCUCCAUUUGGGGAAAUAUGUUCCUCCUGGGUUCGGCGACUGUACCCCAGGAAGACGGUGUACCUGA